GCCAGUUCUCUGCAUCCUCCUGUGACUCUGCUCCAGUGAGGCCUUCCUGCUGACACUUCAGGAUCCAAAGCGCAGCUCCAUCGACCAGGUUCUUCCACUGGCAGCAGACCAGGCGGCACGCCAGCACCAAAUCCACUGCAGUGCUGCCGGUGCCCGGGGAUUUUUCGUCGCGUACCCCUACAGCCCAUCACCGAAGCUGUCGGUCUGUGAUGACAACCAUUUGCGACCUCCCCGAAGACGUCCUGGUGGAGCUGCUCUCGCUGCUCCCAGCCCGGGACCUGCUCUGUGCCUGCAGACUGGUCUGCACGCAGUGGCGGUACGUGGUGGAUCUGACCACCCUAUGGAAACGCAAGUGCCAGCGCGAGGGGUUCUAUGUUCAGAAUUUGGACAGAAGCAUCUCUGACUGGAAGGUCUUCUAUAUGCUCUGCAACUUGAAGAGAAACUUAAUCAAAAACCCCUGUGCUGAAGAGAACUUUCAGCACUGGAAACUUGAUAGCAAUGAUGGAGAUAAAUGGAAAAUUGAGGAUCUGCCUGGACCUCAUGGAAGAGAGAUUCCAGACCCCGAAGUACACAAAUACUUUGUCACUUCAUAUGGGCCAUGCUUCAAGUCUCAACUCAUUACCCUGCAGAAAGAAGGAUACUGGAAUCAGUUGAUGGAUGAGAAACGGCCUGAAAUUGUAGUCAAGGACUGGUAUGCUGCCAGAUUUGACUGUGGGUGUCGCUAUGAACUUACGGUGAGGCUGCUUUCUGAGGACUACAUUGUCCUUGAGGAGUUCUGCCCUGAGCCAGUGAUUAUAGAGCAGUGGAAUGAUGCAAUGUGGAGAGAGAUUUCUCAUACCUUCCAGAAUUACCCAGCUGGAGUUCGUUACAUCUGGUUUCAGCACGGAGGCCAAGACACCCAGUUCUGGGCAGGAUGGUAUGGGAUCCGAGUGACAAACAGCAGCAUCACCAUUGGGCCCCUGACAUUGUUAUGAAGGCACAAUAUAUAAAUGUUUGCUUUUACCUCAGGACUG